UGUGUGUGUGUGGUUGGGGGACGGAGAGAUGUAGUGCUUGUGCCUCAAGCUCUCUGCUCCAUAUGCUAUGUGUGAAUUUAUUACACACUUGCUUUACGGCACGGCCGUUGCCAUUGCAGCCACACAAUACAGCGGCUGUUUGUUUCUCUUGCACCACACACACUUUAACGGUGCAUCAUUUCAUUAUAGCAUUCAUUAGUGUAAGUGGAGCAGAAGUGAAGUCUCUCUGAAAAUUGUCUGGACUGAACAGCUUGUCACAUAUAAAGUGUCAGGAGGAUGUCAGAGCUCCAGCUUUACCUCUGAAUGUUACACAGCGCUGACACACACAAACGUACACAAACGUCUCCUUUUUAAUUGGCCACUGUACACGUUUCUGUCAGUCAUAUAAUGUGGUGUAACACUGAGUGACGGCCUGCAGUGAGAGUGAACAUAUAUCAGUGUCCAGUAAACGGGAUAGAGUGGUCAUCUGGUCAGAGGACAGCUAAUUAUAUCAGACAAGGAGAGUGGACACACACACACACACACACAGUGCCUAGUCUUAAUGCAAAUAAAGCGUCACUCGUGUCAUACUGUGAUAUGAUUGGCUGUGGUGAAAGGGGGCGGUGCUACAUGACAAGUUAAUAUACAGUGUGGGAGGGGCUUAAAUGAUAGACAUCUUCACUUCACACCUUCGACCGAAGAAGACAGACACACACACUCACACACACACACACAUACGCAGACACACACAUACAGACACACACAAACACACACACACACACACAUGGGAAAAUCAGGUUAAUAAUCAAGUCACUUUCUGCACCAUAUAGGGUGUGUGUGUGUGUGUGUGUGUGUGUGUGUGUGUGUGUGUGUGUGUGUGUGUGUGUGUGUGUGUUAGUGAAGUACAGUGAGGUUAAGGGUACUUGGUGGGGUAUUGGUACAGGGGUAUUUGAUGAUGUGGUGGGGGGGCAGGAGCGCAGUGAGCAGCGGAUACUGCAGUCAGGAUGAUUCCGACUCUGAGCUCGAACACUUUGUCACCGCACAAACUUCUCUGUCUUGUUACCGGACGGCGCAGGAGGACACUGAGGUGGACUGGAGGAAACAGAAGCAGCUCUCCAUCACUGAACUCCAACACAAAGUAAAAGAAUACAACGCUCAGAUCAACAGCAACCUCUACAUGAGUCUGAACAGGGACGGCUCAUAUACAGGUUUCAUUAAGGUCCAGUUCCAGCUGGCUCGGCCCAUCUCGCUUCCUCCGGCUCAGAGACCGUCACCGUCUUCAUACUCCUCAUCUUCCUCUUCUUCGUCCUCUUUCUGCUCCUCCUUUUCCUCCUUGCCCCAGCAUGGCCUCUGCACGUCAUUCUACCUGCCCCGAGACACGGUGAAGCAGCUGCAUGUCGGCUCGAGCACUCGGGUUCAAGAGGUGAUCGAGGCUCUGCUCAAAAAGUUCACAGUGGUGGACAAUCCGGCCAAAUUCGCUCUGUUUGAACGCAGCGAGAGGAUUGGUCAGGUGUACGUGAGGAAGUUGUGUGAUGAUGAGCGUCCUCUCUUCCUGCGUCUGUGUGCGGGCCCCAGCGAGAACUCACUCAGCUUCAUACUCCGAGAAAACGAGACAGGAGAUGUGAAUUGGGAUGCUUUCACUCUUCCUGAGCUCGGUAACUUCCUGCGGAUCCUGCAGCGGGAGGAGGAGGAACACGUCCGGCAGAUCGUGCAGCGUUACUCAGUGGCACGGGACAAACUGGCGGAGGCGCUGAGGAACUUCAGCUCGCCGGGCUGACAGGAGUGUGACGGAGUGAAGCUGGAUGUAACACACAGCUGAAAACAUGCACACACACAUACACACACCGCUGUCUGGGCUAUCACUGUGAGAAAACAAAGGUGCAGCAGGGUCACACACACACACACACACACACACACACACACACACACACACACACACACACACACACACAGAGCAUUGAGGAGGGGAACAGUGAGCAGAUUUAGCUUUAACAGAUUUAGCCAAGUUGAAUGAUGGUUAACCCUGUGUUCUUACCCUGUGUCUUGUGGACCGUGGACCCCUGAGCUCUCACCCUGGGCUUCUGUGAGUUCAUUAAUGACAUUAUAUCUAUAAACAAGGCCUAAACAUUCAUGUAGCUCAACACAGAUCACAUUUUUUUCCUCGGUCUAGUGUCUGCUCACUCGGCACACUUAGGCCCCGCCCCCUCAGAACUCACAGAAAGCUGGAAGAGAUGCAGAUGAUCUUGAAGUUUGGGUGAAUCUUUAAAAAUGCUGAAUGUUUUGAUUGUGUGUGAGACAGACUUACACUAACAAAGCAUCACACUGAUCCACUGAUGGCAUCAUGUUAAAGAAGAACAUAUGAGCAGAAAUUAUUAUUUCAUUCUUCUUCUUCAUUUUUUAACCAAACUGUUCCUUGAAAUAACCUGUUAUACUUUGCACUGUAUGUCUGGGAAAAGGAAAAUAUGUUUUGAGAAUUUGUUUCAUUGUGAAAGAGAUUUAUUUAUUCUUCAGAUAAUUUUGUAAAAUUCUGAUAAAUUGAACAACUGAUCGUGCUGAAAGAAUAUGAAAAUGUGAAUUCAUUAAAUAUUUUGUGAGAAAGAC